AUGGGCAUGGAAAUUUUCGGUCGUGGAAGGAGUACUAUUUCGAGAACAACAUUGUUAUUUUAUUUUUUGUUGGUGAUUGUGAGUGGUUGUUAUAAUUCAGGAUUGGAGUUUUUGACUGAGGAUCUUCUGCCAUCACUAUGCCCACUUCUAGCUGACACGUCUUCUAUAAUUCAGGAUAUAUUCAAAUUACGUACCAUAGACAAGUGUGUUGUAGAAGUUAUAGAAGACAAUCCUACAACUUCUGAGCUACUCUCGGAAUGCAUUCGAUGUGGUCGUGAAAUUUCCCGGCAGAAUACACAACGAGGCAACCAGCUAGUGCGCAGCGGGAUCACUCUUGACGUAUACCCUCCAGGACUGAUGCACUUCUAUCCUGCAUCACGUCCUGCUGAGCUAAAAAAGGCUUCAGAAGCAUCACAGGAGCUUCUAGCGGCUACUAAGCUGCUGCAGAUGAGAUUAUCGAGUUCAGGAGCAACAUCCAACACCUUCCUCUCAUUCCUCGAACACCAAGUGAUAAGGAUCCACGAGGGUUCCUCCUGCAGGCCGGUCCACGUCACAUGUCACAACACGAAGUACCGCAGCAUCGACGGCACGUGUAAUAAUCUGCGGCGGGCGGCGUGGGGCCGCAGCGGAGCUCCAUUUACAAGGCUGGCCACACCACGGUAUGCGGAUGGAAUAUAUGCCAUGCCGUUAGCAAAGAGUGGUCACCCUCUCCCAAAUCCACGCGUGCUGUCUACGCGUAUGUUCUCAGACCAGCAGAUUUCCAGCCGUGUCUUCAAUUACAUGAACAUGCAAUGGGGCCAGUUCGUCACCCACGACCUGAUGCUACAGGUUAUGGAAUCUACAGAUGAAGGAGGCAUCCAGUGCUGUCUCGGUGAAGGGAUUGAUAUUCUUCAGCCAGAGUGGCAGAAUGUGAAUUGUAUACCGAUAUCCGUUCCUGAGGAUGACCCGUUCCACCGUUACCAUGGGAUAAAAUGUCUUAAUCUAGUCAGAAGCGUUACUACCCCUAGAGAUGAUUGUAGUUUAGGGUACGCAGAACAGAUGAACACAGUGACGAGUUAUUUAGACGGCUCGCCUAUUUAUGGGCCGGAGAAGAAGCUAGCCUCGCGCCUGAGAACCAAGUCGGGUGGCAGGUUACGACAGGAAACUAGGGAGAAGUGCAAGAGAGGAUUCUUGCCUUCCGUGGAUGAUAAAUCUGUAUGUGACCUGAGGAAUACGUCUGAACCUUGUUAUUUGGCAGGUGACGUCAGAAUAAACCAAACUCCGACUCUAGCACUCCUCCAGACACUCCUUCUGCGGGAGCACAACAGAGUAGCCGAUAUUUUGGCAUCCCUGAACCCUCUAUGGUCAGAUGAGAAGCUGUACCAGGAGACACGGAAGAUUGUUAUCGCUGAAAUACAGCAUAUAACUUAUCAGGAGUGGUUGCCUCUCAAUUUUGGUGAAAGUUACUACCGCUACUACCGGAUCUCACCGUCGACUCUCUACAGCCACGACUAUAACGAGGAUGUCAAUGCUGGAGUCAUUAACGGGUUCGGAGCGGGCGCCUUCAGGUUCCUCCACUCCGUUAUACCCGACUCGAUCAUGACCUGCCCGUGGAGUUACCAUGCCGCGUAUUUGUAUAAAUUAAGCGACCACUACUUCAACCCGAGUCUUCUAGAAUAUUCUGCGGAGGCGUUCGAUGACGUUGUCCGCGGGAUGAUCGCGCAGCCCUGCCACGAGGCUGAUCCCUUCUGCACGGAAGAAGUUACCAACCACCUGUUCAAAUCUCGCAACCAAUGGGGGCUGGACCUCAUCGCUGUGGACAUACAGAGAGGCCGAGAUCACGGUAUCGCCUCUUAUAACGAUUACAGAGAAAUCUGUGGCUUGUCUAAAGCUGUGACUUUUCAAGAUCUGUCUGGGGAAAUAUCACAAGAUCGUAUAAAUGCGUUAUCGCAAAUGUACGAGAAUGUCGAUGACGUGGACUUAUUCGUUGGUGGUGCAAUGGAGCGCAGCGUCCACGGUUCGAUGCUCGGUCACACCUUCCAGUGCAUCGUGGCGGAACAGUUCUACAGAACAAGGAUUGGAGAUAGAUUUUUUUACGACAAUGCCGAGAUGCCUCAUUCCUUCACAUCAGAACAAUUGCAACAAAUUAAAAAGGCGUCAAUGGCCCGCUUGAUAUGCGACAACACCGACCACGUGUACUACGUGCAGCGGCGAGCAUUCGAGGUGGAGGGCUCGUACAACCCCAAGUACAGCUGUAACGACUACAACGCCAUACCAUAUGUAGACUUGACCUCGUGGAGGUCACCCACGUUAUUUGACUCAUAAAAUACUAGUCCUAUACGGCGGAUCCACUUGAAGUUUAGUCACCCUUUUAUUUGAAAAAAUUGCCACAGUCCUUAUUUCAUACAUAAUAAUGAGUCUCAGGACGCCAUCUAGUCCCAAACUAAACAGAGUUUGUGUUGUAUACUAGACAACUGAUACAAAUACUUAAUCUUUAUUGUAAAUACAUAAAUAUUGUACAUUG